AUGAGCCAACAAUCACAGCAAGGAGGAGUUCCUCAAUACCAUGUUGGAAGGUGUAAAGAAAUUCCUUGUAACUGUCCAAACUUUCACCAAGAUAUAAAUAAUCAGAACAUAUGUGUAAACUGUAAACAUGAUAUUGUACCAGAUCGUAAUUAUCAGAAUAAGUAUUUUGAAAACCAGCGUUCAACAAUUGAAAUUCAUCCAGAUAGUCAAAACUAUAUUAAUCAGAUGCAUCAACCAGUGCGAGAACAACCACCCCCAAAUACGAUAUGGUUUUAUAAUCGCAACGAAGAUUAUUACGAGUUUACGAAUUUUAAAGAGGGGUUUCAAAUUAGCGCUUCCCUUGGGGAAAUUAGCGAGUUGCACAAGGAACUUUAUGAAGUAAAAAUAUGGCCUACAAGCGAACAUCUUUUCCAAGCUGCAAAGUUUAAGGAACAUCACCCAGAAAUCGUCGACCAAAUUAGAAGGUGUCGUUCUCCUAGGGAUGCAUUAAACCUAGCUAGAAUGAACCAGAAUUUGGUGGAUCCAAAUUGGCAGGAUAUCAACGUAAAAGUCAUGAAAUGGGUGGUAGAAAAAAAAUUUACGCAACAUCGUAUAUUAGCUGAAAGGCUGGUGUCGACAGGUGACAUGAAGCUUGUGGAGCAUACAACUAUUGAUAAAUUUUGGGGUGAUGGAGGUGAUGGGAACGGGGUUAAUUGGCUCGGACGUAUUUUAAUGGAAGUCAGAGAUGGAUUGAAAACAGGGAACCUAGAAGUUCAGUAUCCUCCAGCGUCAUCGAAUUUGCCGUAUAACGUAAAUAAUGUUGGCUUGGGACCAAACGGAUCAGAAGGCCAUAUACAACAACAACUUCCUCCGACGUUACCACCACGCAGGCCAGUAAAACGAGACCUGACUAAAUAUGAUAAAAAUCAACCUAACCAAAAUAAAAAUCAAAAUAUUCAAAAUCAGAAUCAGCAAUACAGUCAAGAUCCAAAUCAGAAUAUGCAUCCAGAAAAUUAUGUGUAUUAUGUGCCAUCAUACGGUGAUGAAAUGAUGUAG